GAAUGAUACUAAAUUUUAAUUUAACAACAUUUCGCGCCAACUCUUGACGACGUGAUGUCGGCUGCUCUUCUUCUUCUGAAGCGAUCCAAGUGAUUAUGGCAAUGGCUUCACGAAGCAUAGAGGAAACCCAGACAUCCAUACAAACAGAAACCACAUCUGAAAAACAGGAGGAAUCGACAGUGGUUCUAACUUUGAAGAAACCCCAGACGUCCAAGAAAGUGGGUUGGUCGCAGGACACGGUCGAUAACGAACAUCUAGGACGGAAGAAAUCUAAAUGUUGUUGUGUGUACAAAAAGCCACACAAGUUUGGGGAGAGUUCUUCGGAGUCUGAAGAAGACGAGUGUGAUCACUGCAGUGGCCAUGUGGAGCACAAAAACUCCAAAGAAGCCACAUAACCGCUUUUUUCACACUUCCGAUCUCCCCUCAUGAUGCUCUUCAGUCUUCAACCUGUCUGCCUCUCGUCGACCAUCUCGUUGUGCCGUACACCUCCUACAUCAAGUAUACAUAAAUGCAAUUGAUUGUGGAAAAUGUAUUCAAUAUCAGUUAAUCGAAAAUAUUUUGAAGCUACAUUUUCUACUUACAAGCGCACCAAAUUUCUUUUUUCUCUCGUUUUGCUUAAUUCUGUCCAUAGUGUCAUCUUAAAUGUACAGUAAAAAUGUAAUUUUAAGACUCUCAUUCCAUCGGGUCGGUCCAAAUCCUACAGACUGCUAAGUUCUGCUCUUUUUUUUUUUACAUUUACUGAAUAAACAAAUGCCCUGUCAUGAAGUACGGAACGGGAAUUUGCCAAUAA